AUGCGGCUCACACUCGCCCUCUCUACCACGGCAGCCGUCUUGGCCGCCGCCGCCCCGCAUGCCAAGUGCAAGAGGGCCGCCCUCAACGAAUGCCUCGAGGCCGCCAAGGUCCCGGUUGACGAACCGGAUUCGGAAGACUGGGAGCUCGACGUCAACCCCUUCAACCAGAGACUGCCCUACCUCCCCGCGGCCAUCGCGGUCCCGACCACGGUCGAGCAAAUCCAGGCUGCCGUCCUGUGUGCUGCCGAGGCGGGCGUCAAGGUGAACCCCAAGUCGGGCGGGCACAGUUAUGCGUCCUUCGGCCUUGGCGGCGAGGACGGCCAUCUGGUUGUGCAACUCGACCGCAUGAACAAUGUCACGCUCGAUACCGAGACUCAGAUUGCGACGGUCCAGCCUGGCGCACGUCUCGGCCACGUUGCGACGUUGAUCUAUGAGCAGGGCAAGAGGGCUUUCAGCCACGGAACCUGCCCUGGCGUGGGUGUGGGCGGGCACUCGCUGCACGGUGGUUUUGGCUUCAGCUCGCACUCUCACGGCCUGGCGGUGGACUGGAUCUCCGGCGCGAGCGUCGUCCUCGCCAACGGCACUGCAGUAAACACGUCCGAAACCGAGAACCCGGACAUCUUCUGGGCCCUUAAGGGUGCCGGAUCCAACUUUGGCAUUGUCACGUCCUUCCAGUUCAAGACCUUCGCCGCGCCGACAAAUGUCACCGUGUACCAAAUUCGGCUGCCCUGGUCGAACUCGUCGGCAAUCGUGAAGGGCUGGAGCAACAUCCAGGAGUGGCUCGGAGCUGGCGGCAUGCCGGAGGAGAUGAACAUGCGCGUUCUCGGCGAUCGCUCCGGGACCCAGCUGCAAGGCCAGUAUUUCGGCAACGCCACUUCGCUGAGGGCCGCGAUCAAGCCGCUCCUUGAGACCAUGAAUGUGACCCUGUCGGAUGUCAAGGAGACAGACUGGAUGGGGGCGUUCGAGAACUACGCUUACAGCUCCGAGAUUGACAUCACCCGCCCGUACACCCAGGUCGAGACGUUCUACUCUAAGAGCCUGGUCACCCCCGCGCUCCCUAAGGACGUCCUCCAAAACGUGGCCGACUACUGGACCAAGGUGGCGCGGCUGAACACGCGGUCCUGGUUCAUCAUCAUCGACCUGUACGGGGGGCCCAACUCGGCCAUCACCAAGGUGCCCAAGUCGGCCGGGUCGUACGCGUACCGCGACCCCAAGAAGAACCUGUUCCUGUACGAGCUGUACGACCGCACCUUCUUCGGCGACUACCCGGCCAACGGCUUCUCCUUCCUCGACGGCUGGGUCGGCAACUUCACGCAGGGCCUCGGCAAGGACUGGGGCAUGUACGUCAACUACGCCGACCCGCGCAUGAACCGCACCGAGGCCCAGGACGUCUACUACCGCCAGAGCCUGCCGCGCCUGAGGGAGAUCAAGAAGCAGAUCGAUCCGACCGAUCUCUUCUACUACCCGCAGGCUGUCGAGCCCGCCGGUCCGUAG